AUGGCUACCGAGAAAAAAGUGCAGAAAUACAAUUUUGAGAAAAUAUGCCGCGCGUGUUUGCAAGUGAAGAAGGAUAUGAGACCUCUGUUCGAACAGCUGACUGCAACAAUGUUGAUGGGUAUUUCAAAAGUGCAGGUUGCCAUCGGAGAUGGACUGCCGAACCAACUGUGCCUUCAAUGUGUUCAUCAGAUAUCGAGGUGCCAUACCUUUAAGGAGUUGAUUGAAAGAAACGAUGUUAUUUUACGAGACUAUAAGAGGUCGCUCGACGAACAGCUCCAAAAGAAUCAGGCGCAAAAGUCCUUAUCGAUUUCCUGUUCGGAUACGGCUCCGUACAUUCAAUUUAUCGAUGUAUCGAGUAUAAAUCCCACACCGCUACUAGAAGGCUUCUUUACCGACACGCCCGAAGCGACUGCGGUCUCUGUGACACAGGAGAUAUUACAAAAAGAAGACUUUGACAUAGAUAAGUUACAACAGACUCCUCCCAAGCCUCCUGCGAAGCCAAAAGAAGACGAAGGUCUCAAUUCCGAGGAAGAGAAUUAUCUCCAGAUGGUUGUCUUCCAAUCUACCACCACUUCUGCUGGUCGGCACAUCUGCAAUCUUUGCCAUAAGGAGUUCAAACACGCUCGCUGGCUGAAGCAACAUCUUAACUCGCAUACCAACUGGAUUAAGGCGAAUUGCAAAAAGCCACCCACUUGUCACAUUUGCGAUAGGACUUUUAAGGGCCCAGGAAUGUUAAAGAUGCACAUGAGGACUCACGAACAACGUCCACCCAAGCCACCAACUUGCUCCGUCUGUCAGCGGACCUUUCAAACGAAGACACUCCUGUACCGGCACAGACAGACGCACUUCGAACAGAAGAGCCACCAGUGCACCGUUUGUGAGAAACGCUUCUUCAGCGGUUAUGCCUUAAGAUCGCAUAUGGCGCGGCACAGGGGCGAACGACCUUUUAUUUGUGCUGUUUGCUCAAAGACCUUCUAUAACCCUACAGAUCUGAAGGUGAGUCAAGUGUAUAACUUUUGA